UUCAACUUACUUUAAAAAAGUGUUUGUGAUAUAUGUAUCAGAAUGUAUCUGCAAUUAAUCUAAAACAAUAUUGUAUGAAAAGCCGUGGACUACUUUACAUUACUACUACAAGCCUAUUAUGAGUCUAGACUUUAUAGACUUAGCAAGCGAUUAUGAAAACGCUUUGCUUCAAACUGGAUUCGGAAAGUUUCAUUUACUACUUCUCGCAAUUUGUGGACUUAUCUAUUUGAACACCGCAGUUGGUGUGACUAUCAUAUCAUUUGUUCUUCCAUCAGCAACAUGUGAUUUUAAGAUGACAUCAAGUGAUAAAGGCUGGCUUUCUGCCUCUCCAAUGCUUGGCAUGUUAUUGGGCUCCUAUUUUUGGGGAUGUCUUGCAGACACAAAAGGUCGCCGCAUUGUACUAAUUACUACACUUCUAAUGGAUGGUAUUUUUGGGAUAAUAUCAUCGGUGGUUCCCUAUUAUCUUAUUUUUAUUGGCAUUCGUUUUAUAAAUGGAUUUAAUGUUGCGGGCACAAUGAGUAUUGUUUUUCCUUAUCUUGGAGAAUUUCAGCCUACAAAAUACAGAGAAAAAAUAUUAUGUUGGAUGGAGCUAUUCUGGACUUUUGGAAUUAUUAUACUUCCAGGUAUAGCUUGGAGCAUUAUACCAUUACACAUCAAUAUUGAAUAUGGUAGCUUCCAUUUUCACAGCUGGAAUCUCUUUGUUGCUAUUUGUGCAAUUCCCAGCUUGAUAUCAUCCAUCCUCGCAUCGCUGAGCUCAACGACCGCAAGGAGGAAUUCAAAGGAAAUGCUUAUUAUACUUGGUCUUUGGCUUUUUGCGUUCCCUGAAAGUCCCAAAUUUCUCUUAGAGCAAGGUGAAUCAGACGAGGCUCUAAAUAUUCUUGUCAAAAUGUUUACAAACAACACAGGAAAGCAACGUGAAGAAUAUCCUUGUUCAAGCUUACGAGAACCAGAGCGCUUACUCCAAAGGGUUGGCGAAAAAAAAGCCAUUAGCCUACGAAUUCGUAAGCCCAAAGAGUUAAAAUUACUUUUAUCAGAGAUUUGGUCACAAACAAAGACACUCGGAAAUGUCCCAUAUUUGGAACGAACUCUUUUAACUUGCGGAAUACAAUUUUGUCUUACGACAAGCUAUUACACUUUGAUGGUAUGGUUUCCAGAACUUUUUCAAAGAUUUGACGAAUAUGAUGAAGUUAAUCCCGGAAUGGCUGCGUCCGUUUGCGACGUUUCAUCUAUUGUCGUUUCCAACUCUACUUUUAUAGUUUGCGACUCUGCGAUUGAUCCGCAAGUUUUUCUUCAUACCAUUGUAAUUGGUUUGGCUUGUAUACCCACGAGCUUCUGGCUACCGCUAUGCGUCCACCGGCUGGGAGUUAAAUUCUUUUUAGUUUUCUGCUUGACGGCUGCUGGAUUUGUAACUACAGGACUUUACUUUGUGCGAAACUCAUUGGAAAACCUUAUUUUAUCAAGCAUUUUCGAAGCCCUAACAUCACUGAGCAUUAGCACAGUUUAUUGCGUGAUGGUCGAUUUAUAUCCAACCAAUCUAAGGGUCAUGGCAGCAGCAAUGUCUAUGACAAUAGGACGAUGUGGGGCUCUGUUUGGCAAUCUUUUAUUUGGAUUUUUUAUUGAUCUAAAUUGCACAGUGCCAAUUAUCAUAUUUGCAGCAAUGUUAUUCAUAAGCGCAUAUCUAUGCUGGUUAUUACCUACCACUGGCUUAGAGGCAUUGGAUUAGAUAAUUUCUUCGUGAAAGCUUAUAAAUAAAACUAUAUUAGCAUUGUAGAAUACUACAUUAUUUAUUAUUGUAUGUGAUUAAUUUUUGAUGAUUAUAUGAAGUCAGUGAGGAACAUAAGCUAGGUAAAGCUUGAAACAACUGAGAGAUACUUUGAGUUAAGUUUGAAAAUAAAGAUAAUUAAUAUAUUGACCUUAUUCUAUGAUUAAAC